AUGGUAGGAAUGGUAUUUCGCUUUCAUGGGCUUGAAGUAUCAGGCUUUGUCAUCCCGAGAUUCUCGGGGGACGGCUGCUUUGCUGGCACUGAGCUCCCACGACCCCACGACACUCGGCCACGCGCCCGCCGCAAGCAGUCCAUCCACGACUCCUGGCUGAUGGAGCGUCGGAGAAGCAGCGCAAUAGAUCAUGGAGCUUGCGGCGACUUGGCCGCCGAACUGACAGCGCGCUUCCCGGAUGAUCCCCACCCCAUCCACACGGUUUACAUAAGGCGGCCCUUCUCUUCCAUCGCCCACCACUUCCACGUCCUCAUCACUUUCGCCCUCUUUUCUAUCCCUAUCGGUCUCCUUCUCCUUGCCCCGCGUCGGGCCCGCAACCAUCCUCUCUCUUCCUCGUUCCCCUCCGACGCCCAAACUACCGACGACGACAAGGACGACGAAACCGCUUCCAAGAUGGCACCCAAGAAGAAGAUUGCCAUCAUGACGUCGGGCGGCGACUCGCCUGGCAUGAACGCUGUUGUGCGUGCUUGCGUACGCAUGGCCAUAUACCUGGGCUGCGAUCCCUACUGCAUCUACGAAGGCUACGAAGGCCUAGUCCGCGGCGGCGACCUAAUCCGGAAGAUGGAAUGGCACGACGUCCGUGGCUGGCUCUCUGAGGGCGGCACCCUGAUCGGCACUGCCCGCUGCAUGGCCUUCUAUGAGCGCGAGGGUCGCCUUGCUGCCGCCAAGAACCUCAUUGCCCAUGGCAUUGAUGCCCUCAUCAUCUGUGGUGGUGACGGCUCUCUCACCGGGGCCGACCGCUUCCGCGCCGAAUGGCCCUCGCUGCUCGACGAGCUCGUCGAGAAGGGAGAGUUUACCGAAGAAGAGGUUACUCCGUAUAGGCAUCUCAAUAUUGUCGGCCUGGUCGGCUCCAUCGACAAUGACUUGUCGGGCACAGAUGCCACAAUUGGCUGCUACUCGGCCCUGCAGAGGAUUUGUGCUGCUGUUGACUUGAUCGAGGCCACUGCCUCGUCCCAUUCUCGUGCUUUCGUCAUCGAGGUUAUGGGCAGGCACUGUGGUUGGCUCGCUUUGAUGGCCGGUGUCGCUACCGGAGCUGAUUUCAUCUUCAUCCCAGAGAAACCUAGGGAGGACAACUGGCGAGAGGAGAUGUGCCGCAUUGUCGAGAAUCACCGGAAACGCGGAAAGCGCAAAACUAUUGUCAUUAUCGCGGAGGGCGCCCUCGACCGAGAAGGCAACAAGAUCACUCCCCAGAUGGUGAGAGACCUCCUUGCCGAUAAGAACGGUCUCGCUAUCGACACACGCAUCACUACCCUAGGCCAUGUCCAGCGCGGUGGCACAGCCGUCGCCUACGACCGGAUGCUCGCCACUUUACAGGGCGUUGAAGCCGUCAAAGCCGUGUUGGAUGCCACCCCAGAAAUGCCAACAUGGGUCAUUGCUAUCACGGAGAACAAGAUUGUCAGAAAGCCUCUGAUGCAGGCAGUUCAGGACACCAAGAAGGUGGCCGCUGCCAUUGAGAGCCAAGAUUUUGAUCUGGCCAUGUCGCUGCGGGAUGCAGAGUUCGCCGAGCAAUAUAGGUCCUUCAUGAUGACUACGGCUGUCCAGGUGAAUAAGGAGAUGUUGCUGCCAGAAAAGGAUCGCAUGCGUAUCGGCUUCAUCAAUGUUGGCGCUCCCGCUGGCGGCAUGAAUGCUGCAGUCCGUGCCGGCGUCGCAUACUGCUUGUCGCGCGGCCAUGAACCGAUUGCUAUCUACAAUGGCUUUGCUGGAUUUGCACGGCAUCAUGAUGAUCAGCCAGUCGGCUCUGUCCGUCCCUUCGACUGGCUUGAGGUCGAUGGCUGGGCUAGCAAAGGUGGCUCGGAGAUUGGCACGAACCGUGAACUGCCGAGUGAGUCUGGUAUGGAAACUAUUGCCAACUUGAUCGAGCAGUACAGACUCGAUGCACUUUUCCUGAUUGGUGGCUUUGAGGCCUUCCACGCUGUCUCGCAGCUGCGCAAGGCUAGAGACCAGUACCCGUCGCUAUGCAUUCCCAUGACCCUGCUUCCGGCUACGAUUUCCAAUAACGUGCCGGGCACGGAGUACUCGCUCGGCUCGGACACGUGUCUUAAUGAGCUUGUCGAGUAUUGUGACAAGAUCAAACAGUCUGCUUCGGCCACGCGUAGGCGUGUGUUCGUCAUCGAAACUCAGGGUGGCCGUUCGGGUUAUAUUGCCACCCUCGGCGGUCUUGGUGUCGGCGCGUCAGCAGUUUACACUCCUGAGGAGGGUAUCACUCUCGAUAUGCUGGCAACUGACGUUAAGCACCUCAAGGACGUUUUUGCCCAUGAUAAGGGUCAAUCACGGGCUGGUCGGUUGAUUCUGAUCAACGAGAAGGCAUCCAAGGUGUACAAUGCGCGGUUGAUCGCUGACAUCCUGCGCGAUGAGGCUCACGGCCGGUUCGAGGCACGCGAGGGUAUUCCCGGCCACAUGCAACAAGGUGGUGUGCCAUCGCCCAUGGACCGGUGCCGUGCUGUUCGCCUAGCCAUCCGCUGUAUCCAGCAUCUCGAGCAGUUCGGCCGCGGUGUCCACAACCGCGUCAAGAACGACCCCAUGAGUGCCACCGUCAUCGGCAUCAAGGGCGCCAGCGUUGUCUUCACUCCCAUCCAGAAGCUGGAGGAGGAGGAGACUGAUUGGCCAAAUCGCCGGCCCAAGACCGCUUUCUGGCUGCCCUUGACGGAGAUUGUUGAUAUCCUCUCGGGUCGGCCCAAGCACAAGAAGCCUGAGCCGGAAUUGACAGGGCUCAAGGCAAAGGAUGUAAAGAGAGGGCUUGACGAUCUUUGA